AUUUUAUUUUUUCCUAGAGACGGCAUAAUGAAUAAAAAAUCUUCAAUUAUCUAUUGCGCAUUGAUGUGGUUCUCUGUCAGUCUCCUCGCAGGAAACAUGAACGUUUUCGUGAAUAGCACUGACCCCGGUUACUGUACCUCGCCGCCACCAAAUGAGACUUGUGAGAAUGGAAACCCAACGGUUAUGUGGUACUACAACUCAACAAUAGAAAACUGCACCACUUACAAUUACACAGGCUGCGGGACUGGCGUUAACAAGUUCAACACUUCUGAAACAUGCCUUUUGGUGUGCGGUCCACAUUCCAGCCCGGGGACCCGGUGUGGGUGCGCAGCCUUGGACACGGGAGGCGGCGGUGCUUAGGCGUCAACAAAGGCACCGAAGGGUCGCGCCUCGUAACAGUCGG